UAACGUUUGGAGACAGGCUCGCUCCCGACCUGCCCCUUUCCUCCCCGCGCGAGACGGCUGGAGCCACCGACGGCGCAGGUGUUGCUGAUAAGUGGAACUCCGGGAGGCUGAGUUAAGUUGUAUCAUGUCUCAUCUGGAAUUGAUUGCUUCCAUUACCGAAGAAAACAAAAGAAGAAAGAGAAAAAGGAUUAUUAUGACAGCCAUGUAUGUUGAGUCAGUGUGUCUUGGGCUAGCGUAUCUUAGUACGCAGAGGGCACCGAAGAGUUUGGGCUGCUUUAGUGAUGAAGAGCAGCGAUAUGGUCUUCGGAAGUAUUUGCUGAAGGAAAUGUACAAUGGGUCAGAAAUCACUUGCUAUGAUGAGUUGCGACUAACAAAAAGAAACUUUCAUGCUUUGUGCACGAUGUUACGCGAGAAGUGUGGUCUCAUUGAUAGCAUAUAUGUGACUGUAGAAGAAAAGGUUGCUAUGUUUUUAUUGGUUGUUGGACAUGGUAUUAAAAUGAGGAUCCUGCGGGGCACUUACAAGCGUUCAUUAGACACUAUCAGUAGGCACUUCUCUUCCGUGUUAACAGCCAUACUUUCCCUAAGUGGGGAGUUUAUCAAGCUUCCCAAUCCAUCUGUCGAGCCUCCGGAUGAUUACAAAUGGAAGUGGUUUGGCAAUGCAUUGGGAGCACUAGAUGGGUGUCAUGUUGAUGUUUCUGUUGUUCCAUCUGACCAAGGAAGGUAUAGGAACAGAAAGCAAGCAAUCACCACUAACAUGCUAGGUGUGGUUGACUGGAACAUGAAAUUUCUUUAUGUUCUACCUGGCUGGGAGGGAUCUUCAUCUGACUCGAGAGUGUUGCGUGAUGCAAUGAGAAAUAAUCGUCAAGAUGCAUUUGUUGUACCGCAGGGAAAGUAUUACUUAGUGGAUGCUGGCUACACCAAUGGGCCGGGCUUUCUUGCUCCAUUCCGAUCGACUCGGUACCACUUGAAAGAGUGGGUUGCAAGUCAACAACAGCCCCAAACUUCUAAAGAGCUCUAUAACUUGCGUCAUUCUCGUGCUAGAAAUGUUGUGGAGAGAACUUUCGGGUUGUGGAAGAAAAAAUGGGCCAUACUAAGAGUUCAAUCUUUCUUUGAUAUAAAGGACCAGAUUCGAAUUAUUAAUGCGUGUUGUGUGUUACACAACUUUGCAAGGGAUAGGCAACAUGUGAUGGAUGAUCUAUUGCUUCCAGAAGUUGACCAUGAACUAGAUGAUUUGGAACUUGAGACGGGGGAUGACGCUAACUUAAUUACAUCUGUUGAAGUCACAAAUGAAUGGACCAACUUUAGGCAAAACUUUGCAGAUGACAUGUAUGCUGAGUACCUUGUGAGGCAUGCAGAACUAGAGAUGUAGUAGCUUGAUGAUGGUAGUCUCAUUUUGUGUAGUAGCUUGAUGAUGGUGGACUCAUUUUGUGUAGUAUCUAGAUGAUGGUGGUCUCAUUUUGUGCAGUCGCUUGCUGGAUAUCUUUUGUGUGAUAGCAUAGGUGGCUGUGAUGAUGCCUUGUGUUGUACAUGCAUCACCUUCCCAUAUAUAUGAUAGUGUUUCUCUAAAAUUUUCACUUUCAUGUACCAUUUAUUUAUGCAUAAUCUUGAUCCAACAUGCUGUUUUUCUUUGUGCAUAUUUUUUUU